AUGCAUCCCUGCUAUGAAUCAGAUAAUACAACUUAUAUAUUUACAAGCAACCCUUCUAUAAUAUGUGUAUUAUUAUAUGUUUUCCUCGGUUCAUUGUCUGUUGUCACAAUAUGUGGAAACCUUCUUGUUGUAAUCUCCAUAUUUUACUUUCAACAGCUCCACACUCCUACUAACUACCUUAUUCUCUCUCUGGCUGUGGCUGACCUGCUUGUUGGAGUUUUAGUUUUUCCUUUCAGCAUGGCAUUCACUGUAACAUCAUGUUGGUAUUAUGAGGGUUUAUUUUACAGAUAUUUUGCAGUGUGUCAGCCUUUGACUUAUAAAAGUAAAAUAAAUGGUCGUGUCAUUGGGUUUAUGAUCGGGGUGAGCUGGGGAGUGGCUGCUCUCAUUGGCAUUGGCAUUAUAGUUGCAGGUUUUAAUCAAGGAAAAUGUGAAGACAGUUGUUUAAUUGAUGCUCUAAUAUCAACCACUCUGGGAUGUAUUUUUGCAUUUUACAUCCCAGUUAUUAUAAUGCUUAGUAUCUACCUAAAAAUUUUCCUUGUUGCACAGAGACAAAUGCAGAGCAUUCAGAGCACAACCUGUCAGAGCACAAAGUCUGUUGCAACUGUCACAAAGAUGGAGAGAAAGGCCACCAAGACUUUGGCUAUUGUUCUGGGAGUGUUUCUGUUAUGUUGGACUCCUUACUUUAUUUGUAUCAUUUUUCAGCCUUUAACAUAUGAUGUUACACCAAUUUUUGGGAUUGAAACACUAAACUGGCUUGCAUUGUCAAAUUCAACACUGAAUCCAUUUAUUUAUGCUUUCUUUUACAGCUGGUUCAGAUCGGCAUUUCGAAUGAUCAUUUCUGGACAAAUAUUUCAAGGCAGUUUUGUUAACUCAAAACUCCUUUGA